AUGCGAGCCGCAAUCCACUGGAUCCGGCAACACCGAAUAGUAUCCAUCGUGCUGGCCACGAUCGCAGCUCUACUAUAUCGGGUUUUAUUAUGGAGAGUCCGAAGGGACGAGAUCUUGAUCGUCCCGACGAUCCCCAUCAGCAGCCACCCUCUCCGGGCAAGUACUAAUUUCACUCCGCCCUUUCACACCAAGGGCCGACAUAUCCUCGAUGCCCGGGGCACGCCUAUCAAACUGGCUAGUAUCAACUGGUACGGGGCAAGCGAUAUUGAUUUCGUUCCCGGGGGACUGGAGGUGCGGCAUCGUGAUGAGAUCGCACAAGUGAUCCUCGAUUUAGGAUUCAACAGUGUGCGGCUACCAUACGCCGAUGAGAUUGUGAGUGAGAACGCAGUGAUAGGACGCGAGGUGAUUGCUGCCAAUCGAGAUCUCUUCGAUGGUAUUCCGGAAGGGUCCUCGAUACGGGCGUUGGAUGUGUUUCACGCUGUCGUCGAGAGUUUAACCGCGGCUGGACUGCUCAUCAUUGUCAACAAUCACAUUACGCAGGCGACUUGGUGCUGUGGAGCCAACCCUUGCGAUGCAGGCUGGUCAAACGAUUGGUUUGGUGGUCAGUUCUUGUGCCGUGUUCCCCAAACCGAGGAAGACUGGAUUCGCAACUGGGAGACGGUGAUGCGGCCCUUGGUGCCGAACCCGCUUGUCAUGGGCGCGGACCUGCGCAACGAAGUCCGGGGACUCUGGGGAACGAUGCACUGGGCCGACUGGGCCACAGCGGCCGAGACAGCAUCUGAACGGUUGCUGGCGAUGAACUCGAACUGGCUGAUGAUCGUGGAAGGGAUCUCGUCUGCGAACGACUUGUCUGGAGUGCGCUCCCGGCCCGUGCGACUCAGCGUGCCCGAUCGAGUGGUCUACUCCGCCCAUGUCUAUAAGUGGUCUGGCUGGGGCAGCCUGCGCCCCUAUGGGGGCCGGUCAUAUGAAGACUUUGCCGCCGAGAUGUGGACGAACUGGGCUUAUCUGGUGGCCGAGGAUCUUGCGCCGGUGUGGGUGGGAGAAUUCGGAACUCCCGAUGAUCAGUCGGCAGGAGAUGGCAACUACUGGCGUCAUUUGGUGCAAUUUCUGAGUCUGAUGGACGUGAGUUGGGGCUACUGGGCGCUGAACCCGCGCAAGGCGACGGGGGAAUGGGAGAGCUAUGGGUUGGUGGACGAUGCAUGGAGCCCGAGCACUCGAUCGCAUGAUCGUCUUGCGGAUUUGCAGCGCCUAGGACUGUAA